AUGGAGCAGCUGAGUGCCCACCCUGCUCAGAGCUCUGAUUUAACUUUGCUGUUCUUCAACCAGAGCCCCUUUUCAAUCCAAACGCAGGCAAAAUUUGAUAUUUUAAGGACCUUAAAACACCCUGCAAUUAAACACAACAGCCGCAAAAGCCACAUUCACACAAUCAUAGAGGCCUUUAUUCUUUUGGGACCACAACGUGUCGUAACUGGUGUCUAUAAAGACUCAGAUGCUGUUUUGGUACUCUUUUUCUUCCAACUUUCAAAAACCGCCUACUUCCUUUCCAAUAAAUUAUCUCAGAGGAGAAGGUCUUCAAAUUCUGCCAUCUUUUCUGAAGGUAGAAGACCAGGCUGCACUGACAAUAUCUCUGGCUCGCGCAGUAGGACCAAGCUAGAUGUGCCCAUCAAGAUGUUAAUAGAAAAUGAGUGCAUUGCCUUUAUAGGAAAAUCAAAAGAUUCAAGGAUGUCCCAUGAAUGUGCAACAUGUGCUACAUUGUAUGAAUUAACUCCUAAUAUCAAGAUACCUGCUAAAAAUUGUGGGUACCCAGACAUGUUAACUUCCAAUGGAAUGAUAGAUGCUUCUUUGGACAAAGGAAGCAUUUCCCUUCAGAUCUCAUUGGUUAUAACUGGAUCAAAUCCUCUCUGUCAAUGGGAAAAGGUUUUUCCCUUAAAUCCUGGUGAGCCUUCUGGGCAGUUCAUUAUCCUGAAGCCCCUGAGUUCACAGGGUAAGGAGCCAAAAGUUCCCUGCCUUCGUUACUCUGAUAAUGUGCUCCAGUGUGAAACUACCAAAACGGACAUCACCCACCUCUUCCUCCCUCAGACCUUUCACGAGGAGGAAGACAUUGAUGAAGUAACAGUCCCAUCGCCUACUUAGAAUGUUCAGGCCCCAGAUUGCAUCACAGACAACAUACAGAAAAAUGCCAUGGAAACAGAACUCGCCUACAAGUACUCUCCCACGACGAGGAGGGAGUGACUGACCCGGUUCAUGGGCAGUGGAACCCUGCUGAUCAUUUUCAACCUCAAACUCGUGGAUAACCGAGAGCCAGAGCUACACAUAAUCUCAAGUCCUAGAGACAUUCGGAUGACGGAGAAGGCCCUAGAGCGCUCGAAGCCCUAGAGGCGUUCCUUGCGCAGCGUCUAUGCGACACUGCUUGACUUCAACCCCAGAAUGCGGGUCUUAAGCCGCCGGUACAAGGCGCAAAGUACGCGGCUCUCCUGCUGCCCGUACAGGGCCAGGAGGUACAAGUACACGUCAAGCCGGCUCAAGACCCACUCGCAGUGGGAAGUGAACAAAGCGGAACGUGUGGUCAGGAUUGCUGAAGCGAAGGCCACGGAGGAAGAGAGCCACGCUCGAGCCUUAGAGCUGCGCUUUAGCGGAGACCUCAGCCAAUACUCCAGGGUGGUGCAGAACCCUGCCAUCACUCUGCGCCAAGAGGCCAACAUCAAAAAACGCUUCGAGGAGGCCAAGCAGCAAGCCAUCAAAGAGCCUAAGGAGUUGAAUUUCCUAUUUGCGGAGAAUACUGAGCACCGUGACCUGAACGGUAUAUUCGUCUGUAAACGCAGCUGCCCGAUCAAGAUGUAUGAGAAAACGCGCCCAGGGCUGGAAGGGGGCGUGGCAUGCGGAGGGGUGGUUGGCGUUGUGAAGGUGCCCUGCCUAAUGCUGGAGCCGGCGCCCAACAAGCAGGACUUUGUCAAUGCCAAGGAGUACCCGCACCUACUGCUGGCCAGGUGUGAGCACCCAGUGCACAACUGGGAGGACAUUACCAUUGCCCCGUGGGGGAUCAUUAAGUCCUCAGUUGAGUUGGGCUCCUCUGCCAACUGGAACCAGCCCCCGUUGAGCGAGCUGCACUACAAGCGCUGUAGAGUCAUAGACAUCUCGAGCACCAACCAGUGUGAUUUGUGUCUGAAGUCGCUGAUUAAUUUGGAGAAAGAUUACCCUAACACCUGGGUGUGUUCCCAGAAGAUAUCUGUUGUCGGCAGCCCCCCAAAGCCCCCUGCCCCUGUGGCCUGUGAAGAGGCCAAGCCGGAGCCACCAAGCAGAGUCCCUUCAACUACUGCAGGAUGGAAGUGGGCUCUCACGGUCUCAGAGGCCGAGAGGAGGAAGGAGAAAACCAAGCAGGGAAAGUUUGCCGUGAAGGAGGAGAAGGAUGGCUAUGAGCUCUUGGACAGUGCAGGAGAGGAGGAUGCUACUCAUCUCAGGAGCUCUGAGCAAGAGGAAGGGCUGCAUGGGGAGGUACUUGUAAAGAGGGAAUGCUACAUAGGCGGAGCCAGGGCUGUGGAGGCCAGUAAACAUGUGAUGCUGUGGAAGGUGAAGUCUGACUAUGUGCCCAAAGACACGACCUCGAAAGACUGCUGGGGAGUGAAAGACAGCAGGGAAAUGCAGCUAGUGAAGCCCCCUUUCCUGGAAUGUCACAAUCCUGAUACUCAGCAAGAGGGGGAGGGGGAGGAGGGGGAGGAGGCCACAGGGGCCCCACAGGCUGUAGUCCUGGACAAGUCCUCCUCAACAUCUGAUUAUGUCCUUUUGAAGUCUGACCCCACUACUCCCAGAACAGAACAGCAGACCAUCGAAAUGUUGGUGGAGAUCAUCCAGAAUUGUUUAGGCUACUUCCUGCCACCAAACUUCCCCAUCUCCAAGAAGGACCUCAGCACUAUGAACUCAGAUGAAUUGAUAGCAUUCCCUCUGGAAGAGUACAUCGAGCAGUAUGAAACGGAUCUCCGGAAUCACUUAGAUUCCUACGAGAGCAAAGCCAAGGACUUUGAGAAGAAACUGCACAUCUCUGAGAGGAAGCUCCGAGAGACCAAGGACAAGCUGCAGAAGCUGAGGGUCGGCCUUGCACAAUAUUUGCAGAAGAUGCAGGGGGACAUUCACAUCAACACGGACGAGGAACUGGACACCUACAUUGAGGACUUUGUCAACAAGAAGGACUGAGCAUUCAGGACAGUGCCCCAGUUGGGGGUCCCUUCCAGAGUGGGGACUACUCGUGGUUUGAUUCACAGGGGACACUGGUUCUUUUGCAGGGAAAGAUACUCUAAUCCUUAUAAUCGUCCUCCCUAAGUUUGUACUUGUAUUUUCAAAAGAAACAAGAUGAAAUGCC